ACACAGACAACAUUGCCCAGAGUUUUAAAUUAAAAAAAAAAGUUAGCACAUGAGACUUUUGUUGUGAUUUAUGGAAGUGUCCGGUUUUAUCCCGUCUGCGAAACCGUUAUUUUAUCUCAGAGACAGGCGCGUGCUCGUCCGUUAGAGGUCGGUGAGAAGUCGACCACUGUCACUUUGAUUCAUGGACUCAACACGGACUGUAGCUGAAAGCUUCUCUGUCAAGAGGCUGACACAAGGUUGACUUCAUUCAUUGAAUAUACAGAUUUAGGGGACAUGAAGUUGUCUUUGGACAGCAUGGGCGUCCUGCAGAUUGUGCUGUUCAUCUUCAAGGCUGUUUUACUGACCGACUGCGCAAGAGGACCUCCACGGGUGUCUGAGAAGGUUGCUCACAGACAGACAGCCCGGCUCGGAAGCGCCAUAAAGCUGCCGUGUCCAGUGGAAGGAGACCCGCCACCCCUCAUAAUGUGGACCAAAGAUGGGCGCAACAUCCACAGCGGCUGGAUCCGUUUCCGUAUCCUCCGCAUGGGCCUGAAGAUUAAGGAGGUGGAGGCAGACGACACAGGGACCUACAUCUGCAAAGCCACCAACGGCUUCGGUAGCGUCAACAUCAACUACACUCUCAUCGUCAUCGAUGACUCAGGAUCUGAUAAAACUGGACCCGGGGCGGCUGAUGGAGCAGAGUCUGUCCUGGGUACUGACGGCUUGUCUGAAAAACUUGUACGUCCCCGCUUUACCCAGCCCGCUAAGAUGAGAAAACGGGUGAUAGCUCGUCCAGUCGGCAGCUCGGUGCGGCUCAAAUGCACAGCCAGUGGAAACCCUCGACCGGACAUCGUGUGGCUGAAGGACGACAGGCCGCUGACGGAGCGGGAGGUCGGCGAGGGCCGCCAGAAGAAGUGGACUCUGAGUCUGAAGAACCUGACGCCAGAGCACAGCGGCAGAUACACCUGCAGGGUCUCCAAUCGGGCUGGGGAAAUCAAUGCCACAUAUAAAGUUGAGGUCAUACAAAGGACAAACUCGAAGCCUAUUCUGACUGGCACUCACCCCGUCAACACGACGGUGGACUACGGAGGCACCACGUCGUUCCAGUGCAAAGUGAGGAGCGACGUCAAGCCGGUCAUUCAGUGGCUCAAACGCGUGGAGUCCAACGAGGAAAGUCGAUACAACUCAACGAUCGAGGUGGGAGACCACAAAUUCGUGGUACUGCCCACGGGGGAGGUGUGGUCACGACCCGACGGCUCUUACCUCAACAAGCUCCUCAUUACCCGCGCCAAGGAGGAGGACGCUGGCAUGUACAUCUGCUUAGGCGCCAACACCAUGGGCUACAGCUUCCGCAGCGCCUUCCUCACUGUGCUGCCAGACACAAAGCCUCCCAUCACGCCCAUGUUCUCGCCAGCCUCCAGCUCCCUCCCCUGGCCUGUCAUCAUUGGCAUCCCUGCUGGAAUAGUGUUCAUCUUUGGCACGGUGCUGCUGUGGUUCUGCCAGAGCAGAAAGCACUGUCCCCCUCCCAGCGCCCCAGCUACACAGGUGCUACAGAGCUCCCACCGGCUGCCGUAUCGAGAGCGGGAGCGGGGCUGCGUGGCUCCGUCCUCCAGCUCGUCCAGCCCGGAGAAAGACUGCAUGAGCUCCAUGAACUAUGAGGAGUACCUGGCACAGCAGCAGCUCCUUCUGGCCCAGGGAGGACCAACAAUGCCCCCUAAAAUCUACCCCAAAAUCUACACUGACAUUCACACACACACUCACUCCCACGUGGACGGGAAAGUACAUCAGCAUCAACACAUUCAUUUUCAGUGUUAGCCUUAGUGCCAAACAUCCCCCACUGACUCUUCCAGUAUCUCAGAGGGACAAUGAGCUGUGGACAUUCAGCUGGCAUUAAGACUCUUCUCAUAGCUGGAGAUUGUUGGGAGACUGCAUGUAGGGAAAAAGAACAGCGGCCAGUGAUACACACCUUGUGUUUUUACAUCCAAUCUUCCAUAUUUGGUGCUUAUUUUUUUACCUGUCAGAUUCUCACACCACUAAAAAAAUACCUUUUUAAUCCUUGUUGUGCACUUAAUACAAAAAGGACAUUUUUGCGUGUGAGUUUAAUUGCAGCUAUUCAGGCCAGCUGAAAGGUCUUCCUCAGCAGAUGAAUUUUGCAUUUUCCUACUUGAGGAGCAACUGAAAAUGGAGGCCAGGUUUUACCUUUCACUUAUUCAGCUGUUGGAGCGCAGUAUGUUCUGCCUGGGAAUGAAGAAGAAAAUGGUACUCAAGAUUUACAAAAGGGCUGGUUUUGUGCCCUACUCAGGUAGUCCUUUUGUUUGUUAAAGAUGCAUAAUGUUUGGAAUGCUGACCACUAUCCUGUAUACAACCCUUCUCCAUCCCUCACUUUUGUUCUCUGGUGAAAGUGAUAGAAACUAGACUGUUUUUAUAGGCUUUUAUGGCGUGCAAACCUUGCCUGAGACUGCAAGGCAUGAAUGAAUUGAAUUGCAGAAUGAAUUGUUAGCUGUAUUGCUCGCCAUUAUUUCAACAUUUUUUAAAGUAGGUUUCCAUCAUCCGUCAGUAGCAUGUUGAGAUAAACCAGCAGAGGACGCCACCUUAUCCAACCACAGUGUAUGAAGCUGUAGUCAUUUAUAAUCAAAAUUGAGUCAUGAAUAUUUAAUUUAUUUUGCUAAAAAAUGUAUCAAAGGUUUAUUUUUCAGAGUAAGGCGUUUUACAUAUCUAUGUAAUGUUAUUAAAGUAUACUGUUGUUGUUGUGUAUAGUACAUUUUCAGUACUUUGUCACCCAGUUUAAUCACAUUUAGUUCAUGCCAAUAUUUAGGUAUUUCUGUAUGUAAUUGGUUAUAUUUGACAAUCUUGUAUGAUGUAUUCUGUUCAAAGCUCAAAAACUAAAUCAUCUAAAAUUUGAUGGUUUGGUAGUUUGAUUAAAUGACCUAAAACAAAU